CUCUGCUGCCCGUUAAAGCGGGGAAGCGGCGGCUGAGCGCCGGCAGAAAAUGGUGACCAUGUAUCUGAGGGUGGUGCGGAUGGGCUGCAGUGCGGCGAACUGGGGUCCCUGGAAGAGUGGGAGGAGUUUUUUGACCCUCUGCGCUACUCCCAUCCAACACAAAACUGAAGAAAAUCAAGGUUCAUUGAAUACUGCAAAAACGACUAAGUGCCCUGCUGAAAAUACGGUGCAACACAAGAUGAAUUCUAGUCCCUGUGCCGGUCAAAGCAUGCUACAACUCAAAAUGAAUGAGUUGGAUAGAGAAUAUAGGACCCUGCAGGAUAACUACAGAAGGGUUUUAGCCCAUGCUGAAGACACCAAUAGAAGAGUUCGAAAAUGUGUAGAAGAUGCCAGGAUAUAUGGUAUCCAUAGUUUUUGCAAAGAUAUCCUGGCAGUGGCUGAUUUACUGGAAAAGAUCACACAGAAUGUAACUGAGGUGGAGCUUGCAAAUUCCACUCCAACAGUUAAGAACCUCUGCGAAGGAUUAUGCUUAAUAAAUGAGAAAUUAUGCCAAAUAUUUGCCAAGCAUGGGUUGGAGAAAAUGAACUCCUUUGGCCGCCAGUACAACUCAGCAGAACAUGAGAUUGUUUCGCGUGUUCCAUCUGUGGAAGCUUUACCUGGUACUGUGGUAAAGAUAGUGCAAGAAGGUUAUAAGCUUCAUGGGAGAAUCCUGAGAACUGCACAGGUUGGGCUGGCUAUUGAGACUCAACCACAUUUAAGAAAAGGCAGGAGUAGAUCUUGACAAAUGCAUGAUGGUCACAAUGUAGUCUAUGAUCGUAAGAACUGUAAUUUAUGAAAAAAAAAUUUUGACAUCCUGUACUUCUCAUUAUGGCUAGCUAUAGUAUUUUAAGCCUUAAUUUUAAGAUUUGUCUUUGUAGCAAGGAGGGAGAAAGUACAAAAUUCUACAAGUUCGUAAGUGCUUUAUGUGAAAGUGGCUAGGCCACUUUCAUGCACUGCAAGGAAGUCAGAUCAAGGUGAUUUCCUAAUGUACUUAAAGCUAAGGCCUUCCUGAAAUGGAUGGUUUCUCCCGAUCAUUGCCAAUGACCUGCCAACUGUGUCCAUUUGGGUGUAGUGAGUGGUAGAUGGGAAUGAAAGAGGAUGCUUCCCAGAGGGUUAAGUCAGCAGCUAUUUGUGGACUGUGCCAAGUUAGUUGAAGUGAUUGUAGAGUUGGUACAAUUUACCUUAGUAUUCCUAAAUUCUUCUUUCCUCAGUUCGUAUUUGCACUCAAUAACAAAACUGGUAGUCCCCUUGUGGGGAUGAAAUUCAUCUGGACAGUGAAGAAAUUAGCAAUUUCAUCUGGUUGCAUUGGAGCGUCAGUGGAUAAUAGGUUGGGUGCAGUAAAAGAGGGACUCUAUUGAACUACAUCCCAAUGGGGGGAAAAAGGAAAUGUAUGAGGUAAAAGUGGAAAGCAUGCAGGGUGAAUUUUUAACACGAAUUGCAUGUUAAAUUUACUUGGAGUUUUUGGAAGUGUAAUUUGGUUCUAUAUAUUCCAUCUGGGGGAAACUACCAGAAGGAAUAUAUAGAACCUACAUACCUAUGAAGGAGAGAGCCACAAUUUUGUUUAUUUUUCUUUGGAGAAUUUAAUAAGGCUGCUGUUAAAUCUAGUCAUGUAAGUGAAUCAGUUUGUUCAAGGGUUGGUUAAACCAACCCUCUAUAUCACAUCCCAUCACUUAUUUUGGAAGUAUGGGCUUGGUUAGUGUUUUUCCCUGAAUAUUUCACUUGAAUUUUGACUUUUGAUUUUGUGUGGGCCUGCAUUGUACUUACAUGUAAAAUUGCCUUUUUUCUGCCUGAUCUGUGGACAAAAUAGUAUGUUAUUUAUUACAGUGAUGUUAAACUGUAAAUGUAUUUAUAACAUACCAUGACAUGCAAGAUUUUAUUUUUUGUAAUCAAGUAGUGUAGGUAUGCCAAUGGAAAUUGUAAUAUAUUUGUACCAUAUCUGGAUUAUUUUGUCACUUUUGUGUCAACUAAAACCUAUUGUGUGCCAAAAGCCUAUUUUAUAUUGAGCCAAUAAGUGUGUUAUUGUACGUGAAUGGAAAACAGCUUAAAACUAAAAAAUACAUUGUUGACCAGAAAACAUUUCUUGUAAUAAAAAGUGUUUGAAAAACUUAAACUCU